UUUUCAGCACAUUCAAUUCAUAUUCAAUUUUAAAGAAGAAAAUGUUAGGUUCGGGGUUGAAAAAUUAGGUUCUUGUUGUUGGGUUUUAGUAGAAAAUUAAAAUGUUUUAUUUAUAUUUCUUUUUACAACUUUGACGCAAAGAUAAAGAUGAAAGAUAACUACUUAAAAAAUAAGUAAAAAUGCGAGUUAAAACUUUACGUCUUUCUUACCCGUAUUAUUUAACAAUUUGUCUUUUUGUAAUGUUUAUUUUUUCAGCAAUUUUAAUAUUCUACAUCUUAACAGAACUUAAUGGUUGUAAUUGUUCCAAUGAAAAAAUUACUUUUACUACAGUUAGUUCAAAGAAAUUGAUCAGCUCUAAACAUAAACUCGCAGUAUUAGUACCAUAUAGAGAGAGAUUUGAAGAAUUAAUGGAAUUUGUACCCUAUAUGCACAAUUUUUUAAAUAAACAGAAAGUAGCCUAUGAUAUUAUAGUCCUAAAUCAAGUAGAUCAAUAUAGGUUUAAUCGAGCAUCACUUAUAAAUGCAGGAUUCUUGGAAACUAAAUCAAGUUAUGAUUAUAUCGCAAUGCAUGAUGUAGAUCUGCUACCUCUUAAUACCCAACUAGUAUAUACAUAUCCAGAACAACCUAUUCACAUAGCUGCUCCAACACUACAUCCUAGAUAUCACUAUGAAAAAUUUAUUGGAGGCAUUUUAUUAAUUAAUAGACACCAUUUUGAACUAGUCAAAGGAUUAUCAAAUAGAUAUUGGGGUUGGGGCUUGGAAGAUGAUGAAUUUUAUGUUCGUCUAAAAGAUGCUCAUUUAAAUGUAACUAGACCAGUGAAUAUUACUACAGGCCAGAGUAAUACAUUCAAGCACAUUCACGGAAAAGAACGGAAAAGAGACGCAGUGAAGUGCUAUAACCAACGCGAAGUAACAAGACGCAGAGACCGCCAAACGGGCUUGCAUGACGUCAAAUACGAAGUCGUGAGUAGAAAACAUAUGGAAAUAGAGGGCGCUCCUGUACUUGUAAUGAACAUAAAGUUGUACUGCAAUCACACUGCAACGCCAUGGUGCGAUUGCACAAAGAAGACUGAAACCAAUUCUGUUAAGCAAAAAACAUGAUACCAAAACUUGGGAAGUUUUGAGAAAAUUAAUAAACCGAAUGAUGUUUAGAUGUUUGGGCGAUCUAAGAGAGAGGAAUGUAUGUUGUAGUAUUGACAUUGUUUUUUUAUUUUAUAUAUUGUUUUCUAUAUUAUACAUUCUAUAUACUUUUUUGGAGUAAUGAAGGUUUUUAAAAUUUUUUUUUGUAUUAUUUUAAAAAUUUAAUGUUUGUUUUUAACAUUAUUUCAAUGUUAUGGGAAUUUAAUAAAAAAUGCCAUUUU